ACAUGGAAGAUUAUGAGAUUAAAGUUCCUUUCCAGUCUCUUGAAGCUCUAGGGUGCCAUGUUGAUGCAGUUUGCCCCAAAAAGAAGGUUGGUGAUACAUGUCCAACUGCUGUGCAUGAUUUUGAAGGUGAUCAAACAUACAGUGAAAAGCCAGGCCAUGAUUUCGUGUUGACUGCUAAUUUCGAAGGUUUAGACGCAUCAAGUUAUGGUGCUCUUGUUAUCCCCGGAGGGCGAGCUCCAGAGUAUCUAGCACUGGAUAAGGAAGUCAUUGCCAUAGUGAAGCACUUUAUGGAAGCCAAUAAGCCUGUUGCAUCUAUCUGCCAUGGCCAACAGAUUUUAUCUGCUGCUGGGGUCCUGCAGGGGAGGAAAUGUACUGCAUACCCAGCUGUAAUGACAGAGAGAAUUGCUCUUGUCAAAGAGAAGCAUGUAUGACUUGGUAUGGAUUUCAUAUCUUUGUGAAUUUGUGUUUGAAUUUGAUUGAUCUGGUUCUGGUAUGAUAAUAACUACUAUAAUAAUAUAAUGAAUAUUGAGGAUUAGCCUAAAGAAGGGGAACACAUCUAGAUUAAGUUGAUCAACUUUCAUACUUAGCUGGUCAAAAGAGAGAUGAGCCAUUUUUAUCAAACUCUUUCAUACUAUAAUAAUAUAUAUUACAAUGCCUGUUUCUUGGCAAGGAAGUACCCUGUA